UUUAAAACCGGCAUUGUUCUACGUUCGUCUUUUUUAUGCAUCUAUUUCGUUCAGUGUACAUUUUCGUCCUCACGUUUAGUAUUCUACUGCAUCAAAUUUUCUUGGAUUUGUAAACUAGACUCUACCAGUGAAUUAUGGGUUGUAUGUAACACAUACAUCACAAACUUUAGCUGUCUAAUUUCAGGAUGCCGGAACGGGAUGAUGUGUACUCUAAUCCCGCGCCUCCCCAGGGGAUGGCUCAGGGAGAUGAUGAUGAUGAUGCGCAGCCACUUACCAAUGAUGACUUCCGCAAGUUGAUGAUGACACCCAGAGUUCCAAGUUCUUCAGGCUCGUCAAAUGCACCUCAGAUGUCAAGGCUCAAUAAACCGAUGCCAAAGGAAUUUACAUCAGAAGAGAAUGACCCAGGACAGAGGAGACGAGAGAAGAAAAAGAUGUAUGCCAGGUUGAAGAAAGUUGAAGAAGAACGUCAAAAAGAAUUGGAAAAGAAAUAUAGGGACAGGGCGAAGGAGAGACGCGAUGAUGGGCCAGGGAAAGAAGAUGAAGUCGUGUCAACCACAGCUGAUUACAGAGCAGUUGCACCUGAUGCUAAAGCGGGAGAGAACUAUGCAGAGAGAAGAAAACAGCUGAUCCAGGAAUCCAAGUAUCUAGGAGGUGAUAUGGAGCAUACACAUUUAGUGAAGGGACUCGAUUAUGCUCUCUUAGAAAAGGUUCGGGCAGAGAUCAACAUCAAAGAGGAUGAAGACACGUUUCUCGAUGAGGUGUUGACAGCUAAACCAGGUGAACACAAAGAGAAAGAGGAAGAAGAUGAAGAGGACAGGAUUGACUUCAAAUCUAAACUUGGACGCAGUAUCUACAGAGUUGUGUUCAAGAAGAACUUACCUGAGAGGAAUGAACUGUUCCUGCCCCACAGAAUGGCCUAUGUAGUAGACCUUGAUGAUGAAUAUAUAGAUUCUGAUAUUCCAACCACUAUGAUCCGCAGCAAAGCAGAUUGUCCUACUUUGGAGAACACCACUACACUCAGUACUAAUGACAUUGUGAUCAACAAGCUCACACAGAUUCUCUCCUAUCUUAGGCAAGGAAGGAGGGAUAGGAAGCACAAGAAAAAAGAAAAAGCUGCUGCUGCUGCAAGGUUAAAGGAAGAAAGUAAACAGAAGGAGAAACUCCCAGGUGCUGAUGACAACAUUUAUGGAGAUGUAGAUGACUAUGUACCAAGUUAUAAAGAGAAAGAUAGAAGAAAAGGGGAUGACCGUUAUGACAGAGGUCGCGAUGACAGGAAGUACCGUGAUAGAGACUCGGAUCGCCACAGAGAUCGUGAUAGAGAUAGGCACAGGGAAAAAGACCGUGAACGUCACAGAGACAGAAGAGACCGUGAUAGAGAUCGUCAUGGAGACAAAGAGAAGAAACGCACUUACUUUGAACGACCAGUUGAUGAGGAUGAGGAGAGAGAUAGGCAGCCACAAGCCUCUGCCAAGGACUUUGUGCAAAACAUCAAUGAAAAAUAUAAGGGCUGGGGCCAAGAUGAGGCAAAAGAAAGAAAGAAGGAGGAUGAAAGAAACAAGAAGUUAAAGAAGAAAGUAGAAGUUGACAGCUAUGCUGAAUGUUACCCAGGUAUGUCUGAGAUGGCUGAUGCCCUUGAUGACUCCGAUGAUGAGGCUGAUUAUACCAAGAUGGACAUGGGAAACAAGAAAGGCCCAAUUGGUCGUUGGGACUUUGAGACUCAGGAGGACUACAGUGACUAUAUGUCCAACAAAGAAGCCCUGCCUAAGGCUGCUUUCCAAUAUGGGGUCAAGAUGGCUGAUGGGCGAAAGACUCGUCGCGCUGGUCCAAAAGACCAAAAACAAGCACUGGAUCGAGAAUGGCAGCAGAUCCAGAAUUUGAUAAAGAAACGCAAGGAUAUGGGAGAAGGAGGGGGAUCGAAGAAAAUACCCAAAUAUUGAUUUGCCUGUAAACUCAAGACUAUUUGAAAAUCUUGAGAGGGAAAACAUUUUGAGAUAAAGAUAUACAUGAUAACCUGUCCCAUAUCCAUUCUCUAUUGAUAAGAUCAUGAUAAAAUAUCUUAGACGCGAGUAGAAAUAAUCUUGAUUU